UUGUAAACAACCUGGUUCCAACGCUUUAGUAAUCAAAGAUUUGACAUUUCUCUAUUAAUUUAGAAUUUUUGAAAGUACAUGCCCUUUCACCCUAUCAAUUAAUACAGUAUCUAUAAAAAAUAUAAUAUGAAUAAAAAAAAAAAUAUGGCCAUUGAUUUUCAAGAUAAUAUGAUAUUGUUUACAAGGAAAUAUUUAAAACGUAAAAUUAUGUGCCCUGAAACAAAGUUUAGGCAUCAUGUGAAAGAACGCUUGCAUAUAUUGGAACUAUUAAAGCGUACGGUCGACAUGGGUGAAAGUAAUUCUGCUUUAUUAGUUGGUCCUAGGGGUUGUGGAAAAACAACACUAAUAAAUAGUGUUUUAAAAGAAUUGUCGUCUAUAAAAAGUUUCAAAGAAAAUGCUUUAAUAGUAAAUCUUCAUGGUCUUGUACAUACUGAUGACCGUUUAGCAUUGAAAGAUGCUACUCGUCAGAUGCAAUUAGAAAAUGUAGUGGGCGACAAAGUGUUUGGUACUUUUGCAGAGAAUUUGACUUUUCUGCUUGACUGUUUAAAGGCAGGCGAUAAGAAGCGUUCGAAACCAGUUAUUUUUAUAUUAGACGAAUUUGACUUGUUUUGCAACCACAAUAAUCAAACACUGCUGUAUAAUCUAUUUGAUAUUACUCAAUCUGCGCAAGCUCCAAUAUGUGUGCUAGGAAUGACUUGUAGAUUGGAUGUUAUAGAACUUUUAGAAAAAAGAGUUAAAUCAAGAUUUUCUCAUCGUCAAAUAUUCUUGUUUCCUGGUGAUACAUCAUCGUCGGAGCAACCAAAGUCUGGUUUUGAUGAUCGUUUAGAACUCUUACAACAUCUUCUCAGUCUCCCUGACGAUGAAAAUGUUAAUAGGAUAGAACAGCAAUACGACGAUUGUACAAUAGAUCCACAAUUUGGGUCUAUGUGGAAUGAGUAUAUAAAAACUUUAAUCAAUAAUGCUACUAUGGUUAAUUUGUUAAAGAAAAUGUAUCAGAUUGAUGUAAGCGAAAGAAGUUUUAGAAAUUUUCUGGCAGUUGCUGUAUCUACAUUGUCAGAGAAACAUCAAAGACUAGAAGUAAAUGAUUUCGUAGAAGCAAGUAAAAUAUUCUCUCAAGACGAUAAGGUUCUAAUGCUCGAGGGAUUAUCUGUUUUAGAAAUUUGCUUGAUAAUAGCAAUGAAACACGAGACAGAAAUUUAUGAAGGAGAACCAUUAAAUUUUGAGACAGUUUAUAAUCGUUAUAUUAAAUUUGCUAAUCAAAAUUCAAGUAUACAAAGUGUUCAAAGGCCUGUUAUCAUGAAGGCUUUCGAGCAUAUUAAGAACUUGGAGAUCAUAAUGCCGGUGAGCGGUAUUAAUUCAAAAGUGGAAAAAGAAUAUCAGUAUUAUAAAUUUUUACUUACGCCGCAACAAGUCAUGGAAGCUGUGAAAAAUUACCCUGGACUGCCAACAGAAGUGUCUCAGUGGUCUUUGAGCAGCAUAUAAUAGCGACAGCUCAUAUAUGAAACUGCGAAUGCUAUGAAAAUUUGCAUUUAUAAUGCACCAUUCAUUUAUUAUUUUAACUAACAAAAUAUUUUGCUAGCAAGUUUCAGAUUCAUAUUUUCCAUAAACUUUUAUGGAAAGGAUUAAUAUUAGAACGUAUUAAAACGUUUUUUAUUUCAUAUUGAAAACCUAUUCGUUACAAGUAUUUAUUAGAAACACGGAAUUUUGUUUCCUAUACUGCAUUUUGUACAAAUGUUUCAUUGUGCAUGUUCAUUUUGUAGGCAUGUGUUCUUACAUACAGGGACUUAAUACCAAUGUUAUGUCAGUAAAGUUAUACCGAAACCGAUAUAUUACCAAAAACCGAAACAAAUACCGAUAUUAUUUCGGUAUUUCAAUUGUAGAAAUUGUCAAUCUGAGUAUUCACACUUUUAUCACCGAACUCAAGGAUCAAUCUUCGUUUGUUUAUAUUUCACAUCCUCUUUAGUACUAAGUUUGCUAUCUCAUUCUAAAGUUGGUAAUUAUUUUGGUUUUGGUAUUAGUACGACAAUUUCGGUACCACAUCUGUAGAGACUAGUAACAUAAUUACGGUAAGGAAAUAGUAUCGGUUUUAGGUCUCUGUUUAAAACAAAUCUUGAGAUUAUAAUAAAAUAGAGAAAUCGAAAACAUUACCGGUAAAUAUAGGAAAAUAUAUCGGUAUUUCUGUAUUUCGAUUUCUAUAAGGGUUAUAAAGGUAUAAUCGAAAAAUACCGGUAUAAGACCUUGCCUACAAUAAGCGUAACCAAAGACUUAAUACCGGUAUUAUUUCAAUAUCUCUAUUGUACAAAUAGAAAUAUGAAUCGAAUACUAAUAUAUUAAAUACAAUUAAUACUAUAGUUUAUUCUAGUAUAAUUAAAGCUAAAAGUACCAAUAAUUCAGUAAUUAUUCAGUAUUUACAAAAAUCUUUUUCUGUAGCACGCAAGCUUAAUCAUCGGAUUGUCGUUAAAUCGUCAUGUCCCAUUUCCGAACAUUAGAGUUUUUCACACUAAACCAUACAAUGUACUACGAUACUUAGUGCACUAAUAUAACGUACUGUUAAUUAUUUUAUUUUCAACAUUAAUGUGAUUUCGGUACCAUAUCAGUUUCUGUAUUAGAAACUAAAAACACAUGCAUGAUAAGAAAAUAAGGUAAACCUUAUGUUUAGGGGAGGCAGCUGCGAUGACCUUGACCUUGACAUAUGUUGUCAAGGUCAUACCCCCCCAAAUGACCCUCGGAAGGUUUUAGCCGUCGCUCGUUUUUUAUUAAAAAAUUAUUAAUAAAAAUGUAUUAUUAGUAUUACACUAGUCUGCGUAUACCUAUACUCAAUGUGAUCUUGAUGUUCACACAGUUUAUGAAGGUCACACUCUUGAGCAUUUCCUAAAAAGUUAUAACUACCUCUCGUUUUUUAUUACAAAAUUAUUGAUAUAUAAAAAUUACCAGAAACAAAAAACAAGAAUAUGGAAUUUCGUUCCACGAGACCUGCAGAGCAUAAAAUAAAACAUUCCCCACGAGUAGUAUAGUAUCAUAUUAAAUUAAAA